AUGGAUCGCAAACAUACUCUGUACAUCUGCAUCGUUCUAGCCCUAGACUGGUGGGCAUGGACACGCGCAGAACUUUUCACCGCCAUAUCCGAUAUUGAGCCGUUAUUGGCGACACAGAAAACGAUAAUCGAUGACUUGGAUGAUUACGUUACGAAAGAGGAGAAAAGAUUAGGCGUUUUAAAAAAACAAAUAGAUGUAUAUAGAAGAGAACAUGAGUUGGCUAUGGCAGAUGUCGACAACUACUUGGGAAAUCCCAUCAAUGCCUUCACUCUCAUCAAGAGACUAACCACAGACUUGGAUGUUAUACAAAAUAGAAUAAAACUUGGCACAGAUUACGUUAGGAAUGUGACAACUAACAGCGCGGAGGUAAGGUACCCCACCGAGGAGGACCUGACGGGCGCUGCGCAGGCGUUGACUCGUCUGCAGAACACGUACAAACUGGAUAUAGGGGAACUCGCACAGGGGAGAUUGAAUGGAAUCGUUUAUAGUGCAGCGCUCACAGCCAGCGAUUGCUACGAGCUCGGUCGCAUACUGUACAACGUCAAGGAUUAUAAGAACUCUCUGCGAUGGAUGGAAGAAUCGCUUGCUAAAUACAAGCAAGAAAAUGAAGAUUACAACUUCACAGAAGUCGAUAUUUUGGAAUACAUAAGCUAUUUGCAUUACCUCCUAGAUGAUGGGCAAACAGCAUUAGAGUGGACCACUAAACUUUUUAGCAUUGAUCCCCACCACCAACGUGCUUUGAGCAAUAUUCCAUAUUACCUUAAGAAUGUGGCAGAAAAGAAAGAGAGGCUUCAAAAUAAAACCGAAGUGAUUGUAGAAGAAGAAACAUUUUUACAGAAAGAGAAAAAAGUGUACGAAGCACUUUGCCGCGGAGAGAUGGUUAUACCGAGUGAAAUAAGUAGAAAACUUAAAUGUACAUAUUUAACGAAAAAUCAUCCAUUUUUAAAGCUGGCUCCGAUAAAGACGGAACAAGUGUACAUAGCGCCCGACGUAUUUGUGUACCAUGGGGUACUAAGCGACAACGAGAUCGAGCACAUCAAGACCAUGGCUAGACCCAGACUUCCAACCCAUCGACCUAUUUUGCUCGUAUUUAAAUGUGUAAUUUUGUUUUUGCAGAAAAACGAAUUGCCUUAUGAAUCUGCUGAUGGUAACAGGAUAGCUACAGUUUUAUUCUAUAUGUCCGACGUGGCGCAAGGGGGCGCCACAGUGUUCACGGAGCUUGGAGUGAGUGUGUUCCCUGUGAAAAGCUCGGCGCUGGUCUGGAUGAAUCUGCACCCUUCGGGCGAGGGCGACUUGUCGACGCGGCACGCCGCCUGCCCCGUGCUGCGCGGCUCCAAAUGGGUAUCAAAUAAAUGGAUCCACCAACUCGGCCAAGAGUUGCUCGCGCCGUGCGAUCUGGAAUACCAACAAGAACAUGUUAUGAGGAAAAUUAUAAAAGCCAAGCCCAGAGCAACGGAAUAGUGCAAAGAGUUUUCGUUAUAAACGUUGUUACAUUAAAAUGUUUUAUUUAAUUUA